GCACUGGAAGACCGGACCUCCAUAAUUCCCAGGCGUUCACCACAGACGCCCCUCUUUGCUUAGAGCUGCGCAAGCGUACAGUGAUUUGCUCUUUUCGCCAUCGUGCCCCCGCCUCCAAACCCCAUCCUGUCUACCAUAAUACGCAGGCGCAUCUCCUCAAACCCGUUCCCUUCCAUACACUUCUCUCUCUUCAUUGCGUUCCCCCUGAACUUCCAGCAUCUCAGCAAGUUCAAACUCUUCUGCCUGAGGGUGGCGGCGAACGAGAGGUCACGUGAUGAGCAUCUUGCUGCCCAACAUGGCGGAAUUCGACACCAUCUCGGAACUUGAGGAGGAGGAGGAAGAAGCAGCCACGUCCUCGUCCUCGUCGUCGCCGUCGUCGUCAUCGUCGGUAUCGGGGCUCGAGGAUGACGAGGAAGAUGAGGAGGAGGAAGAAGAGGAGGAGGAAGAGGAGAAAGAGCAAGAGGAGGAGUCGCCGCCACCGCCUCGGGUAGUGAGCGAGGAGCACCUGCGGAGAUAUGCCCCCGACCCUGUACUGGUGCGGGGCGCCGGCCACAUCACCGUGUUUGGCUUGAGCAACAAGUUUGAUACUGAAUUCCCCUCAGUUCUAACAGGGAAGGUGGCCCCAGAAGAAUUUAAGACCAGCAUUGGCCGUGUGAAUGCGUGUUUGAAAAAGGCUCUCCCAGUCAAUGUGAAAUGGCUCCUGUGUGGUUGUCUCUGCUGUUGUUGUACUCUGGGUUGCAGCCUAUGGCCUGUUAUUUGUCUCAACAAAAGAACCAGAAGAUCAAUUCAGAAGUUAUUAGAAUGGGAAAAUAACAGAUUAUAUCACAAGCUUGCUUUACACUGGAAAUUGACUAAAAGAAAAUGUGAGACUAGCAAUAUGAUGGAGUAUGUAAUACUAAUAGAAUUCUUACCAAAAUAUCCCAUAUUCCGACCUGACUGAGGAAUUUUAAUCAGUCACUUGUGUGUUACCUGUCAUUUCCUACCCUUAGUGCCUUGUAGAUGAUUUUGGAAUGAAGAUGGUCUCCUUUGCUGUGUUCAACUUAUUCUUUAUAAUGGUAGAGUAUUUUCCUCACACUUUUGUGUUGGUUUAAAAAGAAAAUUUGCACAUCUUUUAUUUGUUGUUGUUGUUCAAUGAGGCUUGUGUUUUACACUCUCGAUUUUUAAAUAAAUACACACAUAUAUGUGUAUAUGUAUAGUUGCCAUUAAAGAUAAAACAUUAGUGCUGGCAUUUAAAAAAAAAACACAAAAACUAUUCUAAGCAUGCUGCCUUAUGAUUUUCCUACUUGCUGUUUCUAAAUAGGCAUCAUUUUUCUAGGCUACUUCAAUGCUCUGUAAUCCCAUAUUAAACAUAUAUAAAUAAGCUAUUAGUAGCUUUUAACAAUGGUUUUACUCUUUCCUGCUUUUAAAGGACAUGCAAUUAAUAGCACUGGUUUUGUCCUGCACUUAGCUAAAUUAUCACUUAUGUUAGUGGAUAAAAUAUUUAAACUCCUAAAGACUUGUAAAUAUUGUCUCUUUGCAUAAUGUACAAUGCGGUAUGCCAUGGUUUACAGAAUUUAAUAUUGCUCUUACUGUAUUGCCAACAAUUCUGCAUAGAUUUUAAUAUUAUUGAAGUUUGUAAGAAUCCUUUGGAAUGUACAUACUGUUAACAUGCUGUUGUAUGGCAAAGCCAUAAUAAGCAUGUUAAAAUUUUCAGCUGUAGAACAAGGUUGCCCUUUGUAAUGAGUUGAUUAAAAUUGAAACAAUUUGAGACAUUCUGCCUUGCACCUGAAACCAAGAACCUGAUUUUUUCCAUUUAAUCCAGUAGUUCUAGUUUUGUCCUCCAUUUCCAGCCCCCGAAAAAUUCAUUUGACAUGUGACACAUUUCACAGCCUCAGUUUUCUUAUCUAUUUCUUUUAAUGUUUCCUUUCCCUUGUUUGAAAAUACACACAAUUAUGACUUGUAAGGAGUAUUUUAAGAUUUCAAAUGGCUUAGAUGGUGUGUAGAUCCCCAUGAAUGUCACUGUUAACCCCCUUUUGGAGUUCUGGUAUUCUACUUUAGAAAAGAGAGAGCUAAUUGAAAAACUGUACCUAAAGUAUAUGUAGUGGCUGAAUCAUAACUGAUAAAAUAUUCUUAAUCUUAUUUUUAAGGAUCUUUUUUCAACAUUUUGAUAUUAUAAAUAAGGAAAGACAAGUAUUUAAACCAAAAUUUUACUUUAUAAAUUCACCCCAUAUAUAGCCUUUUCAUUGAUAUGUGCAUAUUUCUCUUCACAAUUAAGAUAAGUGAGAGCACCACACUAAUUCUUCUAGAAUUUGCAUUUUUUCAAUAUAUAGGCAUUAUUUGUAAUUCUUAGUGCUAAAAAAUAAAAUUACCUGGCACUGAAUAAUAUUAUAUUUAUUACCUUUUAUUGCUUUUAGUAAAGUUUUUUAGGCAAGCAUUCAUCCCAGUGAAGAGAACAAUCAUUUCUUCAUACAAGGUCAAACGUUUUAAAGCCACUUGUAAAAUUUAUGCCUACUUUGACAUUCACAGUCUUACACUAGUAAUAGAAGAGGGGAAAAGGAAACUCUAUUUGAUAUGUGACUAUAAUUUUUGCGCAAACACUUUUUCACCCCCCCUUUGUAGAGCUCCAUUACCAUGCCACCUAGCCAUUCAGAAUCUAACUUUUCAUAUGUUGCGUGUGUCUGCAAAUAUUGUGUUUCUCUGCUGCACAACUGAAGAUGUAUUUUUAUAGACAAGGUGGAAACCUCUGAAAACGCAUACCAAAUGUCUUUUUUUAUAGCUAAGGUCAGGUAAACAUUUUAUCUGUGGUUUAUGUUCCGGCUGAUAUCAUCAGGUUUAUGCUUCAAACUAUAACAGUUUAAUACCAAAAUUGAUUUGCAGAAUAAUACAAAAUUUAUAAUUAUCACUGAUAGAAUAAUUACUUGUAAAUGUCAAACCAUAAAAUUUCAUUUUUUAUAUAAAGUUAGCAGUUAGCCAUGUGAUGGUCAUAGUAACUUUUUCUACCAUGUAUAAAUCACUUUUGGUUUUACUCAAAGAACAGCAGAAAGUAGUGAAUUGUUUCCAUGAUAUAAAUAUUGAAACAGGAAUAGAGUGCAUCCGAAGGUGACAGAGUAUAGUUCAAUUUACCCUAGUAUUUGUUAUAAAAACCAUUUGCCAAUAUGUAAAACUUAAUUUUAAAACCUACUCUAAUUGCUCUUAAAUGUAUUACUUUAUUGAUCAUUAUGCUGGUUGACUCAUCUUAUUUUCUUGAUCUAUUCAGAAAAUAACCAGUAUUCUUUUUUUUAAUUCCUCAUAUGACUGCUUUUUCAAGCUAUUUGCUGGGGCUAAUUUUCAUUUGAAUGAAAAUUUUAGAAUGCUUUGGGGGAUGGGUUGUUUUCUUUUCAAUGAAAUUGGCAACAGUGAAUGCUAAAAUGACAGAGCACACUAGAGGUCAUUACUUUCUCCCCCUGGUCUUUUUUUCUUUUAUCUUCAAGGUAGAAUGUGCCUGGAUAUUUUCAUCAAGUUAGUAAAAUAUUUUUGUGAAAGUUGUUUUUUAAUUGAAGAAAGUAAAUUUUAAUUUCUUUGCUGCAUAAUAAUCUUUUAUUAAACCUGCUGUGGUCAUUUCCAGAGAAAAUAACAUGUAUUUGCCAAAGUAAAUAAAUCUCACAAAGCUUUAAUAUUACAAGUUAAAACUGGUUCUUCUCUAACUUUUCUUUAUGCAGCUCCACCCCCAUUACCCCUUUAAGCACCUGGAUUGUAUAUAAAAUGAAAUAAACUUUAAUCCUUUUCAACUAUUCUUUGUUCCCUUUUAACCCCUCAUGUUAAUUUAGGAAAGAGACCAUUGUAGUCAAAUGUUAGAAGUAGAUGGGAAAGUGCCUUGUCUUUUUUGAAUAGAAUUAGCAUUUAUGUGAAAGGAGGCAGAAUGAUGAAUUGGUAGGAAUUAGAUUUAAAACCAUCUUUUUGACUAAGUAUAUUUCACAAUCACAUUAUAUUUCUCCUACUUGUUAUUUAAAGCCUGUUUUUUUUCUUUUCCCCUAAUCAUGUAAUCUAUUAGUGACAAAAUAUUACAGAAUAAGACUAUCCAUCACUCACAAAACUAGUUUAAUUGUAAUGCUAGUGGAAGUGUAAUUUAACAUGUUUCUAGAACAAUGGUCUUGGAUUGAAGCCCCACCAAAACCCAGUUAAGUACUGAGUAGGCAUACUAUUCAUAUUAUUAUGACCUAUAAAUACUGUCUGAUUAGUUGAACUGUUAAUACUUAGUACUCUGCCAUUUUUAAUGAAAUUUAUUUUUGUUUGUAAUAAUUGGAGUGAAGUUCUACAACAUCUGUAAGCUUUUGGAAAAAUAGGGUGUGUUUUUUCAAGUAUAUGAGAGCUUUAAAAAUUAUUAACAUUUUAAUUUUGCUUAUACAAGUAACCCACCACUUACAAAAUCAAACUUCACUAACUCACUACUACUUGCUCACUUGCUUAGAGCGUCAUCCCCAUUUGCUGAGAUUGUGGGUUCAAUCCCCAGUUAAGACACAAACAAGAAUCAACCAAUGAAGGCAUAGAUAGGUGGAACACGGGAUCAAUGUUUCUCUCUCUCCCUUCCCCUUCUUCUCUCUAAAAAUCAAUAAAUAAAAAAAAUAUAUAUUUUAAAAAAAAAACCUCACUAUUUGAAUAAUAUUUCAUUAGAAUUUAUUUUUAUCUAGAAUAAUAUAGAAAUUAUAUCUUUAAUGGGAGCAGUUUCACAUAGUGGAAAUAUUUUUGCUAAUUUGAUGGUAAAAUGCUCAAAUUUAUUGAAAUUAGGUCCUCCUAUGCCUUUAAAAUUCUACUUUAAAAAUCCAUUUUUCAACAAUGUCAAAUUGUUUGGGUUCCUUUAAAUGGUGAACUAUAGGAAAAUUUUCCACAGAAAAUAUAUUGUUUAGUAACAUUACCUGUUUAGGUAAUACGUGGUCUAAAAAUAAGGUUGAUGAUGGCAACCUGAGAAUAUGUUUUCUUUUCUGUGGAUUUUGUCAGAUUCAUACUAUAUGAGGAAAUUAUCUAAUUUUAUGGGCUCCAGGAAAGUCACUUAAAUUACAUGUCAAUCUCUUUUUCUGUAAAACCAUGAGGUUGAACCUAGAGCUAGACAGAAAAUUAGAAAUCACCUAAUCACAUUCUGUGAUUUUAGGAAUCCUUAAGAAAUUUUUACCCUAUAGAAUCUCAGAAUGAUUUUUUCUUGGAUCUACUAUGCUUUGUGAGAACUCCCACAGUGCCUUGCAUGCAGUAAAAGUUUGAUUCACCAACUGGCUCCUAGCUGGUAUGUAUUCAUAUCGCACAGACUUAAAGAACCUGAUGCUUGCUAGACCUCAGCCCUAUAUGGGGGGGGGGGGGGGGAGGGAGACAAUGGAGGGGGGUAAGGACACAUAUAUAAUACCUUAAUCAAUAAAGAAAAAAAACCUAAAAAAUAAUUAAUAUAAUUUUCCUAGGAACUGAGCACAGGUCUGUGGUGUUAGCCUAUGUGGAACCUAACUACAUAGUUGGUAUCCAGACAAAAAUUAUAGCUGUAGCAACAAUGGAGAUAUGGGAGGACCUACUUUAACAUUAAUGUAAAAAGUUUCAUAUCCUAUCCGUUAUCUGUUUCAGUGACUUAUUAAGCCCCACAUCCUCAAAAAGAUCAGUUGGAAUAAAUUGAUAAUAUUGAAUGGAAAGGAAAGUGGUAUGAAAUUCAAACCCAAGUCACUUCUGGUUGAUUCAGUUCUUAGCUCUGCUGCUUAAUUCCUCUGUACCUCGUGUCCUCAUUGUAUAAGUGAGGACAAUAUUCUUGUUCUACCUCACAGGGGAAUUGAAGAUUUUUUUCAUAUAUUAAUGUGUUUAAGUUGACUGGAAGAUAUACUGGACAUCAUAGUUUUGUAUUUUUAAAUAAAUUGCUUUAAAUCUGUUAUGGUUUCUCAGUUAAACGCUGUAGAAUGAAUGUUGCAGUAAAUCUGAUUUUCAGUAGUAAAUUUUAUCAAUCCCCUAUGUGUUAACAUGGGUAAUUGUGUUAUGUUAUGUUAUGUUAUGUUAUGUUAUGUUAUGUUAUGUUAUGUUUGCUGUUAUGCUAAUACUUGAUUUAGGGAAGAAAAGCAGAAAGAUAUAAACCCAUGGUUCCCAACUAGGGGCAGAUGAAGAAAGCAGAAAAGGCAUCCUUGAAUCUUUUUCCAUAUUUCAAAAAGUAUACUAGAGAUCAUAGAUUUGCUGCACAAGUCAACUAAGACAUUGAAUUUCCAUGCAUUUUUCUUACAUUUUUUCAAUUCUAUGUAACAGUAGUUAUGACACACUGAUCAGAAGCUGUGAAUGGUCGCAGAAUAAUAAAAAAAUCAGAAAGCCUAUUACAUGCAAUUUAGUAAACAAAAUAAUUGAAAAUAUGGGAAGGAAUAAAAAAGGGAUUCUUGUGGUGAAAUGUUGGGAUCCACUUUUAUAAAGUAACUAAGAUUACUCGACCCUCUCCACAGGCUGCUUACCCAAUCCAUAAAUAAUGAAAUGCUAGAUUAUGUGUUUGUGUUUUUGGCAAGAUGGAACUAUAUAACUUUGGGUUAGAACUUGCCUUCAGUUUUGUUUGUUUCAGAAUUAUAUAACGAAGCUAAUUUAUUUAGAUGUAUAUGUAAAGCAUACAUACACACAUAUAGGAUUGCAAAUGUGGAAAGUGUUAUAAUGUCAUGUUCUAGCAUCAGAGUAAAUAUCAGUUUCUGAGGUUUAAAGUAGUUCUGCUCACAAACUCAAUGUCAUGAGUCAAGGCAAUAGUUUCUCAAAGUUCCUUUUAUUCCUGCUUAUUCUCUUUGCAUUUUCCUUGGCAUAAUUUUUUAUUUUUCUAGUAAACAAAUUGUAUAAAAUUGUUUUAAUGCCUGGACUUUGAAACAAGUUACAAAUGUUUGAAAUUAUAUAAUCUAUGAGCUAGUUUGCCAUCCUUGGACUAACCACAUAUAAAUAUGAGUCUCACCUGCAAAAACGAGAAAUCCUGGUAGCCAAAGCAGGCAUUAAUCAAAACAUCUGUUUGAAAAUUUUAAGAUUUCUAUUUUUUGGCAGAGGAUUCCUAUUGGGACAACUUUUCUAGAAAAGAAUAGAAGUGGCUAUGUCCAUUCAAACCAAGAACUUCCAUGCAUCUUGUAUUGUUACAUAGCCUCUGGAAUGAGUUCCUUUUUUCUCAUUUGAGUUCUGGAGUAACCCCCUGCAAGAACUUAACCUAUAUAUGGCUGUGCCAAAAUGAAGAAUACCUGCCUCUCGGAAAUUUUCACUGCUGCUUCUGUCAUCGUUCAUUUGUCAGAUAUAGUAUUUUAUUAUCUCAGGAUGCAAAAUUACAAUAAAGCGCAAAUAUAUGUUAAUGAA